CGCAGAAUGAAUGCCACGUACUGGUUGACGUUGACAGUGUUGGAGGACACUUCCUGAUGCUGGCACCCGGGUCUAGCUAGGCUAGUUAACAGAUUUGAUUUUCACGGUUUGGAGAAACUUGUGAAACACAGCGUGGUCAAGUCGUCUGAUUCGGUGGUGGGAGCAGAAGAGGUCGGACGGCACCAUGAACGGCCAGCUGGACCUGAGCGGGAAGCUGAUCAUCAAAGCCCAGCUGGGCGACGACAUCAGACGCAUCCCCAUCCACAAUGAAGACAUCACUUACGAUGAGCUAGUGCUGAUGAUGCAGCGUGUCUUCAGGGGAAAGCUGCAGAGUAAUGACGAGGUCACCAUCAAAUACAAGGAUGAAGAUGAUGACCUCAUCACCAUCUUUGACAGCUCUGACCUCUCAUUUGCCAUCCAGUGCAGUAGAAUACUCAAACUGACUUUAUUUGUGAAUGGUCAGCCACGGCCUUUGGAGUCCAGUCAGGUGAAGUACCUGCGCAGGGAGCUCAUUGAGCUCAGGAAUAAAGUCAACAACCUCCUGGACAGCUUGGAGCCCCCCACAGAGCCUGGUUUGGCCGCUACAGCACCAGACAGUGAAUCAGUGGAUGGACGUGAAGGCAAAGUGGUGGUGGCGGACCCCACAGUUAAACAGGCCACUCCGGUCAGUGCAGCCAGCAUGUCCGCCUUCGACCCGUUAAAAAACCAGGACGAGGUCAGCAAGAAUGUUAUCUCCGCUUUUGGCCUGAGCGAGGACCAGGCCCCAGCUCCCCCAGCGGUUGCACCAGAAGAGCGCUCAGGAACCCCUGACAGCAUUGCCUCCUCCUCGUCUGCAGCCCCCCAGCCAGUGGUGCCCCCCCAACCACAGGCCCCCUAUGCUGGAGUACAGCAGGGACCCCCAGCCGGCAUGGACGGUCAGGUGUAUCAGCAGUACCAGGCUCCAGGUGGAUACCCGCCACAGCAGCCAGGUGCCCCACCUCAGCAGCAGCAGUACGGUAUGCAGUACUCUGGAUACAGCUCUCAGCCCGGAGCCCCUCAGCCUGGCCCACCACAGCCUCAGCCGCAGCAGCAGUUUCAGAACUACGCUCCUCCCUCCUCCCAGGCUCCAGCCUCCGGUCCAGCUCCAGCUCCAGGCUUCCAGGGUGGCCAGCAGCAGCCCCAUCCAUCUCAGGGAGCCCAGCAGUAUCCACCAGGAGCCUUCAACCCCCAAAACUAUACCUCCCAGGCCUCCCAGCCUGCAAACUACAGCCUGCCACCCAGCUCCCAGCCCGCCUCAGGGUACCAACCCCGCCCAGGAUACACCCCGCCUCCAGGCAACACUGUCACCCCUCCACCAGGAGCUGCUAACCCGUAUGCCCGUAACCGCCCCCCUUACGGUCAGGGCUACACUCAGCCAGGCCCUGGGUACCGGUAAAAGAGGAUAGCGGAUAUUACUGACCCCCCCCCCCCCCCCCUCCCGUGUGUGUCUCCAACUGUUUGGAGAGGUGCAGGAAACAUGGUUUACUGCUCUGCAUCCCCCCAGUACAAAUAUCAAAUCCAGAUAUGAAACAAGCAAACCCCCCCCCCCAGUCUGAUGGUUAGUGUUUGUAUGCUGUCUCUUCAACACACCACUCUGCCCUGACCCUGGUGUAUUCUCCUUGUGUUAUUUCUCUUCUUCAGUCACCUCCACCUCUGUCUGCUCUGCCCUCUCGUGUCUGUAAAAUGUAACCAGUCUGUAUGCACACACCUGGGAGACCAAAACAGGCUGUUGCACAAACUGUUUGUUCUUUUCCUGGUAACGCUUCAUUUUGCGAGUGAGAUCAGCAUCUGCAUUCUGCAUUUGUGUGUCGAUGACAAACAUCUCAGCCGCUUGUGUUGAGUGUACUAUGUCUGGAUGCAUUAAUAAGACACUACCUUAAUGAAAAGUUACCCCCCUUUGUCGUUUUGUUUUGUCGUUUUCUUGAUUUGAUCAAUUUCACCACCGUGUCGGUAUUAAUGAUGUGUCAAUGAAACUGCUCCGUGUUGGGAACACUAGCUAAGUGAUGGCUUAUGGGAGGUGUAGAUCCCAGUGUCAUGAAGAAGACUUCUUUUGUUUAGCUAAUUAUAUCAUCUCCAGUAAGGCUUGCUAUUCCUCUCUUUAUCUUUCUCUUAUCACUGGUUUUUACUAAUAAAUCAACUCCACCCUCAAGUGAGAUUAGUUGUUCAUGUAUAAACUGUAACAUUUUUUUUCUUGAACCUAAUAAAUGAUUAAGACCCA